CUUUGCUCAGAACUGGGGGGGGGAUGUGCCCCACUUGGGGACCAGCAAGGUGUUUGUGAAGGAAGGGCUCUCUGUCUGCCCCAGAGACUGUGAACCCUGGACCCUCUUGCCUGAGCCCCAUCUCUUGAUGUUGGGGGGCGGUCACUGGGCUCACCUUCCUACCCGGCUGCAGACCUCUUCACAUGUGUCUGCUUAAAGGGAACCGGUCCAGGGCUGCGGUUCAGUGAGUGACUGGAAGGCUGGGAGCCUUGGGCUGGGCUGGGCAUGGACAUGGUACCCAGCGAGUGAGAGGGGCCUGGGGCCUGUGCUCGCCUCUGCCCGCUCUCAGGACCUGCCUGCCCUUAAGGCUGGGCAGAGCCUCCAGGGCUGAAGUGCUCCACGUUGGGGGGCGGGGCCGGGCCCUGGCCUCUCUCUGCCCUUGCCCAAGGGGGACCUGCCCUUCCCUCGUCUGUCCCCUGGCUGGACUGCAAGUUUUCAGGGUGGGGGUGGCAUCCUGGGGCGUUAUGCCACGCGCCCUGGCGUCAGGGCCGCCUCUUGUUCUCUUUCGCUUCCCCCUGAGCCUCGCUGUCUCCUCCUGCCCUCUCCUGUCUGCCGGUUCACCGCUCUCGGCCUUGCUUUUGGCCGCGCUACCGUCCCUGUCUCCUUUCCUGCGUCUGUGUGUCUGUCCUCCUCCACCACCCCCUCUGCAUCUGCCUCGCCCACGCCUCCUCCCUCAUUAGUGAGCAGGCUGCUUGAGGCCGCCUGACUGUGGGGGUGACAGGUGGAUUGGAUUGUCACCCCCUCCCCCUGCGCCUGCUGCUUAUUUCAUGCCCUGCAGCCCAGCCACAGGGAUGGCGCGGGAGAAGGGAUGACAGCUGUCUGCAGCGCCUCCUGCCUUCCCCUCCAGUCCACAGCCUGCGCCCGGAGCAGCCUGGCAGGGAGGGAUGAAGGGCCCGCUUAAUGAGAGAGCUGCUCGCCACGCGGAAGAGCGGGGCUAAAGCCAGUACUCUGUGACAGUGGCUGCCCGCUCAGCCUCUCUGGGCAUCUGCCCCAUUUUGACCAGCGCUGGUGGGGCAGCUCCCAAAGCGGGGUCUUCCAAGCUUGUGGGACGGAGGACGGGACACAGGUACUCCCUUGGCACUUGCCACUGGGAGAGGCACUUCUCUGCUGCUCCCAGGAAGGGCAGCCCUGUCACAACUGCUGCUCGCUUGGGGAGACAGCCCGGCCGCUGCCCCCGCCCCUACUGGCCCCAGGCCACCCUCACACAGGAACUGAGAUAGCAUCAUUCUGAAACCCGAGAAUGGUUUGAAUAUUGCUCAGGUACCCGGAGGUGUUACAUUGGGGGAGGCAGAGGCCUGCUGCUUGUCCCCUGUCCCCCCAAACCGAGACCCCCCCCUUGGGGUACAUUUGCAUACUGUUUGCACUUCAUUUGCAUGUUAAUAUAACCUGCGUGUUCCUAUUGGUCUGGAGAGUGGCUUGGAGAAAUGGCUGUCCAUGGGGUCCCUCUGGGUCUCCCCAGUCUCCAGUCCCCUCAGCCCCUCCUCCUUGUCCAGGGUGUUGUCACAUGAGCCUGCUGCCCUGCGUCCUCUACUCUCCAUGUGCAAAGGCUGCUGUGCGACGACCACCUCUACUCCCUGGGGCUCACCCGGCUGCUCUCUCCCGCCCUUUGCUCCUUUGGCAUCCACGGGGCAGGCCCUACGUCUGCCUGCCCCCACGCCCCACCCCAGGAGGUCCGCCCUGCCUCGUCCUGCCCAGAGAGCACAGCCCCAGUGGGUGAAUCAGAACCAGAAGCAGCUGGAGACUCGGAGGGGGUACUUUCGGUGACAUAGAUGCUGCCAGCCCAAAGAGUUACAGGUGUGGCCUGAGGUCAGGACUGGGCAGGCUCUGUGGCUAUCCGAGCAUGAAGACCAUCUUGGCCACACCCUGUCUCCAUGGCAGCCCUAAGGAGCCCCAAGUAGCCUAAAGCCAGGUCAUCUGGGAGGGCUUCCUAGAGGAGGAGCGGAUGAGAAGGGAAGGAGAAGAGCAGUGGGGCCAGGGCAGGCGCGGGGGAAAAGGCUCACAUCUGGAGAACAGAUGUCAGGGCCUCUGGCUCCUGGCAGCUGGUUAGGUGAUCAGGCAGAGGGCUAAUGAGGGAGGUCGAUGUGUCCAUUCAAGUCUCCCUAACUGGGUAGGAGGGAAGCUUGGACACCACAGGCCUCCACACCUUGGACAGGCUAGUUUCGGGUACUCCAUACCCACCCAGACCCCAGCACCCCUUCUUCCAGCCAGGGCUGGGUUCAUGUUCUCGCCCCAGGGCUUUCUGGGACUGCAACAGUGUGGACUGGGGAGCAGAGGGGCGCAGACUAGUGCAGACCGAGCCCGCUUUGUGGGGGGCUCCUGCCUAGAGAGGAGGGAGCACUGCCACGGCAGGGCCACCUCCUUGUCUGGCAGUGCUGGCACAGAGAUGGGGGCAGUGGAGAAUGGGCCUGGCAACAUGGAAUUAUAACAAGGGCUUUGGGCCGCCUUGGCGGGGACUGGGGAAGCAUGGUGCCUUGAGCCCCUGUCAGGGUGCUCCGUGGGCCCCUGUGGCUUCCCUGUGUUCUCAGCCCUGAUCCCUCUCGCAUCUCAGCUCCCCCAGCAUGAGGCGGGGGUGGGGGGCGGUGGAGGAGAUCAGCCAGGGAGCUGGUUGCCAGGCGACAGUUGCCUAAGCAACCCCAUCCUCUCCAUCUCCAUGUGCUCAGGGCUGCUCCUUAGAAGACUUUAGAGUCUCCCCCUCUGUACCAGCCCACCCGAGAGUGGGAGGGUUGAGGACUAGAGUGGCAGAGGUGGUUGGAGGGUAGAUGGUGUCCAAAUGGACGAGGUUCCGGCGCAGCUGGGAGAGGAAGGGCUCUGUCUCCACAGAGGACAGAGGGAGCCCGUCCUGCCGCAGGAGUGGUGGAAGUCAGACCACAAGAGGGCUUUUCCGGGGGUCACACAGAUGAAAGUCCUUCCCUUCAGCAGACAUUGCCUGAGCUCCUCCUCGCAGGGCAGGGCUGGAGCGGCGGAGCGGACAGGUGGCUGUGCAGAAGGUGUCCUGCAGACCAUGAACUGAGCGCUGGUCCCAGACCGUUCAUGAGCACAGUGUGAGGCGUGCCGCCACCCGCCACCCAGCGAUCCCCUCCCCUCCCUGGCACUGAGGAUCCCCGGAGAAGAUGGGGAGGAAAAAAAUUCAGAUCCAGCGGAUCACCGAUGAGCGGAACCGACAGGUGACGUUCACCAAGCGGAAGUUCGGGCUGAUGAAGAAGGCGUACGAGCUGAGCGUGCUGUGCGACUGCGAGAUCGCGCUCAUCAUCUUCAAUCACUCCAACAAGCUGUUCCAGUACGCCAGCACCGACAUGGACAAGGUGCUGCUCAAGUACACGGAGUACAACGAGCCCCACGAGAGCCGCACCAACGCCGACAUCAUCGAGACGCUGAGGAAGAAGGGCUUCAACGGCUGCGACAGCCCGGAGCCCGACGGGGAGGACUCGCUGGAGCAGAGCCCCCUGCUGGAGGACAAGUACCGGCGUGCCAGCGAGGAGCUGGACGGGCUCUUCCGGCGCUACGGGUCAGCUGUCCCGGCCCCCAACUUUGCCAUGCCCGUGACAGUGCCCGUGUCCAAUCAGAGCUCACUGCAGUUCAGCAACCCUGGCGGCUCCCUGGUCACCCCUUCCCUGGUGACGUCGUCCCUCACGGACCCACGGCUGCUGUCCCCGCAGCAGCCAGCACUACAGAGGAACAGUGUGUCCCCCGGCCUGCCCCAGCGGCCGGCCAGUGCAGGGGCCAUGCUGGGGGGAGACCUCAACAGUGCGAAUGGAGCCUGCCCCAGCCCCGUGGGGAACGGCUACGUCAGUGCUCGGGCCUCCCCUGGCCUCCUCCCCGUGGCCAAUGGCAACAGCUUAAACAAGGUCAUCCCUGCCAAGUCUCCGCCCCCACCCACCCACAGCGCCCAGCUUGGAGCCCCCAGCCGCAAGCCUGACCUGAGGGUCAUCACAUCCCAGGGAGGAAAGGGGUUAAUGCACCACUUGACUGAGGACCAUUUAGACCUGAACAAUGCCCAGCGCCUUGGGGUCUCCCAGUCUACCCACUCGCUCACCACCCCUGUGGUUUCCGUGGCAACGCCAAGUUUACUCAGCCAGGGCCUCCCCUUUUCCUCCAUGCCCACUGCCUACAACACAGAUUACCAGCUGACCAGCGCAGAUCUCUCCUCCUUACCAGCCUUCAGUUCGCCGGGGGGGCUGUCACUAGGCAACGUCACUGCUGUCACUGCCUGGCAGCAGCCACCGCAGCCCCAGCAGCCGCCUCAGCCGCAGCCUCCGCAGCCCCAGCCGCCCCAGCAGCCCCAGCAGCCCCAGCAGCCACCUCAGCCGCAGCCCCACCUGGUCCCCGUGUCUCUCAGCAACUUAAUCCCUGGCAGCCCCUUGCCCCACGUGGGUGCUGCCCUCACGGUCACCACCCACCCCCAUAUCAGCAUCAAGUCGGAGCCGGUGUCCCCAAGCCGUGAGCGCAGCCCUGCGCCUCCCCCUCCGGCUGUGUUCCCAGCGACCCGCCCUGAGCCCGGUGAUGGUCUCAGCAGCCCAGCCGGGGGCUCCUAUGAGACGGGGGACCGGGAUGACGGACGGGGGGACUUCGGGCCCACGCUGGGCCUGCUGCGUCCAGCCCCAGAGCCUGAGGCCGAGGGCUCAGCUGUGAAGCGGAUGCGGCUGGACACCUGGACAUUAAAGUGACGGUCCCCACUCCCCUCUCAGCCUCCCUGAUGAAGAGUUGACAAUCUCACCGCCCACCCCCCUGCCCUGGGCUCCUCCCGCUCGACCCCCACUUCCUCUCUUGUGCUCCGUGUCCUGUUGACGGUUACAUUUGUGUAUAAUUAUUAUUAUAUUAUUAUUAAUAUUAUAUUUUUUUUAAUUUGGAUUCUCGCUUUGGAGGGGGGGAUGCUCCCAUCCCCUCUUUCUGCACCCCCCCCGCCAUUUUCACUGGCCGGGGGAGCUCUUUUUUGCGGGAAGGGGGGACACUUUGCACGUUGUACACAUAUGCUGCAGGAGGGGUGGGGGCCCGAGAGGCAUCUGGGAAAGGACAGGUGCCGGGUCCUGCAUGUGGAGCCCUCCCACCCCGUCCCCCAGACAGAGGGAAAUAACCAAAAAAACUACCAAACGACAAAACCCUUACAAUAGACUGAAACCCCAAAGUCGGCUGGCGUGACGGUGGGUUUGUUUCAGGGCAAAGUGAGGCAGGGGCUCUGGAAAGGGUCUCUGCGUCUCAGCUGUCCUGUGGCCGCAGGCACAUGGGGCAGAGUACCCAAGCCUGGCCUCCACACGCCCCCCUGCACACGCACGAUGCGUCCUCACUGGGUCUUGUGUGAGCUGCACCCCCAAGAUGUGAGGGUGCUGGCUGAGCUUGGGCUGGGAAGGCUGCCUGGAAAUCUGAGGCUGGAGGAGGUUGGAGGCGGGGGCCCCUCUGAAGCCCCUUUCUGGAGAGAAAGAGCCAUGAGGAGAGAGCUGAGAAGGGACAGAGGACUGGGGCCGGGGGUGAGUGGGGUCUCCUCCCUUUCCCAGCGUUUUCUCUAAGAUACACAGUGCAAUAGCUCCCCAUCCCUCAGGUGACACCAGCCCUGUAAAGCUGGCCACCAGCAGGGGGAACUGGGGAGAAGCUGGAGUGAGGUGGCCCAGUGGGAGCCGGCCUCGCCCGGACUGGCAGGUGUGAGCGAGGGCACUGGCUCUCCCUUGCACGUACGCAUCCCAGAGGAGUGCACGCUGGGAUGGGGUGUGAGGGGGGGGUGGACCCAGAGGUCCGAAGGCCUGCCUCCCUCUCUCCUCCUGGGCCCUCUCCCCAGCACCCCCCCUCCACGCCCUGCUGUUGCGCCCUCAUUGUCUCGCUACCUCCUGCCCCAGCACCCAGGCCCAGCGCACCUUCCCUCUUGGCUACUGUAAUUGUAAAUAGCAACCUUUGGAAACCGUUAGCAGUGUAACAGUCCAGGAAACUGUUUUUUUUUUUUGUUGUUGUAUUGAUAUGAAAUGAGAUUCUAUUUUUGUCAAAGUAUAUUGUAAUAAUAAUGACUCAAACGCCCGUACUGUACAGACGAGGUUCUUCUGCUGUUGUCCUGCUCCUCUCCCCUCCCCCAGCCUGCCCCUCUCUGCUGCCUCCCCAGGUCCUGAGACCUCGGGCUGGAUGACAGAUCAAAGAGGAGGGGCCCGGCCCCCACCUGUGAUCCACACCACCCACCCCUCGCCCCAAGGGGCCUGGCCUCUGGCCCUCCUUCACAGAAGCCCAGCUCCUCUGCCCCGAGGCCGCUCCCUUGCGGUUUCACCCUGGUGGGAAGGCAGAGUGGACUAGGCCCGUUGCGGGGCAGGCGACUCUGCCCGCCUCUCUGACCCAGCCGCUGGCAGUAUUCUGACAAGAUGCAGGGGGACCAGAAGCGGGGGGUGGGGGGGGCGUGGGGCUGCAUGUGGACCUGCGUGUUCAUGAGGGCGCCUGCUGUUGUAUGUGAGUGUCUCUGUGCGUGCGCGCGCGUGUGCACGCGUGUCUGCAUGGGUCUCUGAGCCCGUCGGGCCAUAUGCAUGAAUCUGAGGGCGUCUGUGCGUGCGUGCGUGCGCUACCUGGAUGUGUUUGCACAGGGACAGGUGGCUGCUGCGGCCACACACCCUGGCUUCCAGCCCCAUGACCCUCCUCCCUGAGCCCCAGUCCCUUCUGCCUGGCUCCUUCAUCUGUUCUCACCCUCAGCUCCGAUAUUUUUGUCCCGCAGUCAGGAGGGAGCUAGCAGUCGGGCCUCUUUGCUUCUCCCUGCAGCCCCGCCUCUCCCGGCUCGACCCCGUUGUCCACCCAGUACCCACGCCUUCCCACGCAGCUCCCUCUCCUGCAGCCCCGUCCUGCUUUCGGGUGACACUCAGUUCCUCUUCCUCCCUGGUCAGUGAGCCAUCCUUCCUCACAGCUUAACCCCCACCUGCCAAAGGCCACACGGCAUGUCUGGUCUUCCCGCAGGUUCCUAGAGGGAGUUUCAAGAGUCAGUGAGACUUGAUCAGGGCCUAGAAAGAAGACAGGCUGUCGUCUUGUGUAUGUGUGCGUCCCAGAGCCUGCCCAGUAAUGGUGAAGGGCUGAGUGGGUGAAUGACAGACAGGUGCUCAAUAAACGCUGAAUGACCGGCCUUCCCUUCUCAGGCUAUGCCCGCCACCAGCCCGUCCGCCUUCCUAGGCUGGGCUCGGCCGCCAUUAGCACGGGGUGGGAUGAGGCCCUGCAGCUCACGGUGCAAUAUUAACCAGUUUUGCCCUCUGCCUGGCAGCCCUGGCUUUUGAUUACCAUGUAUGGGUGUGUGUGUCCUUUCUUCUCUAUCCCUGGGGGCAGGGGGUGGUCUGCAAAUGAACAUGGGACAUAUCUGUAAUUCAGUAUCCCAAGAGUUCUCCUGGCCGGCCAGAUGAAGGGUCCCUGGGAACCCAGACCUCAAGCGGGGACUUCACUUCUUCCUCUCACAAGCCAAAUUUGCCUCCACCCACUCCUUCCUCCAAGCCCGUGCACUUGGCAGGGUGCUCACGGUGCCCCGCCCCUCCGCAGGCUUCCCACAGCUUUCAGGGACAGUGGGCACAGGACCCCUCCCCCCAGCAGUGACCCCUGGCCCUCACCCAGCCCCCCCCACCUUGGACAGGAAGGACGUGAUGCACCUUCUCUUGCUGAUUAUUUAUUUGUUUGGAGAGACAGAAAUGAUGUAAAAGUGUAUCUAGAAAUAUCUCUAUCUAUAUAUUUUUAACUGACUCUGGAAUCCCCUGGGGUGGGGUGGGGGGUGGAUUUAGGCUUUCAUAGGGGGGAGGGGACAUGGAGCCUGGGAACUCCGCUUCUCCCCUCUGCCACCUCUCUCCACCCCUAAACACUUGGUAGAAGGAAUGGGAUUUGUAUUGGGGUGGGGGGGCUGGAAUGUUAUGGGAGAAUCUGGAUUCUCUGUCUUCCCCAUUCGAGUCCCAGAGGGAGGGGGGACAGGCCACAGAGGUGCCCCACCCCCCGAGCCCGACAAUCACCCACACUCCUGGGGCUGCUCCUGCGUCCUGCGCAGGGCGGGUCCAAGGGUGUGGCGGUCAAUUUGUUUUCAAUAUUUCUUUUCGUGCUGUAUGGUGAUGCUUUCUUAGUAUUCUACACAAUAAGAAAAGACAAAGUCCUCGAGAUUCUUAUGAGUUUUGUUUGAAAACUCUUUCACUAUAUUUGUUGUAAAGAGGUUUACUAUUAAAAGAAAAAGAAUACACGUUUCUGAUACUUUG